AUGGACCCCGCCGACUAUAAUAUGCUCACCCACACGGGCGACAGCCAAGACCCCAUGUUCUCGCCCUUUGAUGAUGGGACGCUCCUUCCGCACUCGCCCGAAACCAGCCUCGUGGACAUCGGCCUUGGGCAGCCCGGGCUAGCACAGCUUCACAGCCGCCGGGCGGCCCCGGGGCUCGGGAGCCUCUCCCGGCCCGGACGCCCGGCCUCACUGGACUCCAUCCCCGCGCUGGGGUCCAUCAACACCGGGCCCGCGGACCUGGGAGACAUGUCUCCCAGCGAUGUGGUCCCGCCGCCACUGCAACAGCACCACCACCACUACCACUCGGGCCAGGGAGAUGGCGGGGCCGAUGACGAAGAGUAUGCCCACUACCAUCAUGCCGGGCACUUGGCCGAGUCGGCCGAGGACGAUGCCGAGUAUGAUGACCAGCCCCCGGGUCUGAUGCUGGAUGGCAGCGCUCACGACCUGGCCGAGGACCCGGGCCCUCCGGCCGAGGGCCACUCGCACCUUGGCGUGACGCAUGUGCCCCAGCCGGAAGCCUCGGCUCCGGCCCGCCAAGCAGGCGCCCAUGGCCACCAUCACCAUGACCAUCCAUCGGACGGCUCGCCGGCUGCCGGGCAAAGCUUCGCCUUCAGCUUCGCGCCCUAUGUCGACGCCCCGGCGCCGGCAGGGGCUACCAAGCCCCCGGGCAAGAUUUAUCGCUCGCUCGAGCGCGUGGGCCUGACCAAGCCCCUGUCCAUCCUCAUUGGCCUGGUGGCCAGCGGUGUGGCCACGCGCUGGCUGGCCCUCGUGCUGGCCUGUUGCGCACUCAACGUCUUCACCUAUGUCCGAGACGAAAUGCUUCUCGACAUGCCACCCCCCCGCGGGCAUGCGAACAUUUUGUUCGCCGCCGCGGCCGCCAUCGUGCCCCUCGGCUUCGCCGCGGUGGCUCACAUCUUCCUGGUCCGGCGGUACCAGCGCGCGUCGUUGGAGAUGGCCCUCGGCCUCCGGGCCCCGGCCCGGCCGCGGUCCCUGGUGGCCGGGCUGCUGAUCAUGGCCAGCUCCCUGCUGGGGCUCAGCUCGGUGCCGAAUUCCACGCGCCUCUGGGACACCUGGGCCCGGUGGAUGCUGAUGUUCCUGUGGCGGGCCCUACUCGGCCUCGGGGCCGGCGCCACCAUCCAUGGAUCCCUGCGCCUCAUGUCAGCCGAGUAUUUGUCGGCGCGCAUUCGCUCGGCCAGCAGCCACAACAUGCUGGGCAUCUAUUCCGGCCCGUCAAGCAUGUUGGCUGUCCCCGGGCCGUCCUCGAUGAACCUCGCACUGGCGUCUGACCUGCGCACGUCCAGCGGCGCGCAUCUGCCGGUGUUGGCCGGCGCCGGCAUCGUCCCUCCGGGCAAUGGCUCCCAGCAGCAGCUCCAGCAGGCCCUGAUGCUGCCUGCCACGGCCGCCGGACGUGCCGGCUCGUUGGCCCUCAUCCCGGCCUCGGACCGGGCCCCGGCCGCGCCGAGCCUCCUGGGCGGCGGCAACAGCCUGCUGGAUACGAUGGCCGCCCCGCGGGUGUAUCACCCGGCCGCCGGUGGUGGCAGUCUGAUCCGCAUGCGCUCAGCCAUGAGUUUGAGCGAUGCCCCGCUGCUGCUCGGGGAGUUGGGCGACCCCAGCGCCGCCGGGACGGCGAGCGGCCUUCCCAUUGGCCCGCCCCUGGUGGCCGGGCCCCAGCGUCACCCGGCCGCCGCUGCUGCGCCGGUCAUUUUCAUGGUGGCCCCACCUGGUGGGCUGGCGGCCGGCCUUGCCACCGCCACCACCCCCGCUGCUGCUGCUGCUGCUGCCGCCGCCGCCGCCGGGAUCAACACCACUGGCCGGUCUGGCACGGAGGAAUCCUCGCCCUUCUCCUCGCCGGAGUCCCUCUCCACAGUGUCGCCCCAAUCGUGCCUCCUGGUCAAGGGGGCCUGCUGCGACAGCUGGAAGCAAACCCCCAGCUUCCGGCCGCUGGACGACGCGUCGCACCUGUACUCGGCCUAUUGCGACCGGUGCCCGGGCGGCGGGUCCGGCGGCCAGCAGUGGACCGGGAUGACGCCGCUUCUGGGGCCUGCCCAUUCGGCCGGCGGGGCUCUCGGCGCCUCGGCCUUCCACCUGCCCCGGUUGCUGCCCUUCGAGGCCCAUAUCAAGCCCUCGAAGUGGAUCACCGGGCGCCUGCGCCUGGCGAUCGUGGGCCUCGGGCGCCUCGCCGGUCGUACGGCCAUGUGGUGUGGAAUCAUGCUGGCGGGCCUGUUCGGCGCGUCGAUCCUCGGGCCCCGCUACCUCAAGUACGACUCCAUCAUCUUCAUCAUGGGCAUGGUGGCCCUGGCGCUGGCCACGGCGGCGCUCUUCCUGCCGAGUCUCGGCCUGGGUGGCGAUAUUGAAGUCCAAACGCUGGCCCGGAUCCAGGCCCUGUCGUCUCCGACGGCCGGCGGGGUUGGGGCGGGGUCGCGUGCAAGCGGCCAGCCCGUGCCUGGCGCCAGCGGCCCAACACCGACCGGCGGCGGCAGCAGUAGCAGCAUGAAUCUCGAUCGGACGGAGCCUGCCCGCGCUGGGCAGCCGCACAUGCGCAAGCCCAAGCGCGUGUUCUUCCGCCUCUGCUCCUCGGCGUAUCGGGCUUUCCGUCGCGGGCACUCCACCGUCAUGAUUAGCUCCGGUUUCAUCAUCCCGCAUGCGGUGCUCCGCCGGCACCCGGCUCGGUAUUCCAGUGUCACCGGCUCGAUCACCUUCCUGGUUUUCCUCCUGGGGGGGCUCUGCCACUUCAUUGGCCGUUAUCUGGUGUCGCAAGGGCUGAAGCGCAUCAUGCCGGAUGCCCACCACCGCGGCCAGGUCCGGAUGCAUUUCGCCCUGCGUGCGCUGGCCUCCCUGGCGGCCAUUGUCCUGGAGGCCGCCCUGCUGGGCCUGGCCUUCGCAAAUGGCGCCGAAAUCCCGGGAUCCAUCGGCGAUCAGGACGGGCUCUUGUUGAAGACUUGCGGCCUGCUGGCCGGGGCCUUCCUCAUCGGCGGGACCGCCUCCUCCAGCCCGGUGGCCCUGGAGCCCUUCUUCCAGCACCUGAAGUUCGAUGUGGAUGGCGUGCCGCUGGUCCGCCUCCAUGGGCUGCUGGACAUCGGCGAAAGCCGGGGGAUCUGGUCCACGGUGGAGGCCGCCUGCGAGGCGGUCAUCGGCCUGGCCGUGGUCGCGCUGCUGGGCUGUGUCAUGGACGAGUAUGGUGUCUUCACGGCCAGCCCCUGGGUGGUGGUGGCCCCGCUGGUGUUGGCCGGGUUCUUCCAACUCCUGAAGAACCUGUGCACCGUGGUCAUCGGCUCGAAUCCGGCUGCGACCAACAACAGCAGUCUCGUCUCGCCGGAAAUCACCUCCAUCUGAGCGAGUCAAGAAGGCUGUGUGCCGCCGCUUGCGCGCGUGCGCACACGCGCAUACAUACGCAUGCACAUGCACAUACAAACACAUGGAAGUAGGUGGAGCAAGAAAGAGUGAGA